AUGAGGCAGAUACUCAAGGAGGAACCUGUGCCACGUGCUUGGCCACAGCCCGCGCUUGCCGACAACGGAACAGUCGGUGUAGGAAGAGCACACUUCGAGAAGCAACCACCAAGCAAUUUGAGGAAGAGUAACUUCUUCCAUUUUGUGAUCGCUCUUUAUGAUCGACACGGUCAACCGAUUGAGAUAGAAAGGACCUCCUUCAUGGGUUUCGUCGAGAAAGAUCAGGAAUCCGAGGGUCAGAAAACGAACAAUGGUAUUCAAUACAGCUUGCAUCUGCUGUAUUCUAAUGGUGUCAGACAGGUGCAGGAUAUCUACGUGAGGCUCAUUGAUUCUGCAACAAAACAGGCUAUCAUGUACGAAGGUCAAGACAAAAAUCCUGAGAUGUGCAGGGUCCUUCUUACUCACGAGGUGAUGUGUAGUCGGUGUUGUGAUAAAAAGAGCUGCGGAAAUAGGAACGAAACACCAAGCGAUCCUGUUAUUAUCGACCGAUUCUUCCUCAAGUUCUUCCUCAAGUGCAACCAGAACUGCCUUAAGAAUGCCGGCAACCCACGCGAUAUGAGACGUUUCCAGGUGGUCAUUUCCACGCAAGUAGGAGUAGAGGGGCCACUACUAGCUGUCUCGGACAACAUGUUCGUUCACAACAACAGCAAACACGGGCGUAGAACGAAACGAUUGGACCCCAGUGAUCCUGGCGAAUAUAAUAGUCUCUAUACACCAGUACCUCUUCAAACCCCGUGCAUAAAAGCGAUAUCACCGAAUGAAGGGUGGACAUCCGGUGGAUCAACGGUAAUAAUCAUCGGCGAAAACUUCUUCGACGGACUUCAAGUUGUUUUUGGAACGAUGUUGGUUUGGAGCGAGCUAAUUACACCAAAUGCAAUUAGAGUGCAAACACCACCACGACAGAUACCGGGUGUCGUUGAAGUCACACUCUCCUACAAAAGUAAACAAUUUUGUAAAGGAGCACCUGGUAGAUUCGUUUAUGUUUCACUAAAUGAACCCACGAUCGACUACGGCUUCCAAAGGUUACAAAAACUUAUCCCCCGACAUCCCGGCGAUCCCGAAAAAUUACCGAAGGAAAUAAUACUAAAAAGGGCGGCAGAUCUAGCGGAAGCCUUAUACAGUAUGCCUAGAAGCGGAAACGCUGGGAUAACAGGAGCACCGAGGAGUCCAGGAUCAGGACAUCCGCCUGCACCGCCGACCUCUAGCUCAGCAGCGGCGUUCAAUUCGUAUACAGGACAACUAGCGGUGACAGUACAGGAAAACGGAAGCACGGCAAAAUGGACGGACGACGGUAAUUCCGUGACGACAGGAGCUGGUGCUGGUGGCGGAGGCGGCGGUGGUGGUAGCGUCGGUGGAAGCGUCGGUGGUAGUGCCGACGCUUAUAGGCAAAGCAGUAGCGCGAGUCCACGUGGAGUCGUAACAGGCGGGGGUUAUUGUGGAAGUUCAGCCAGCACACCUCACAGUCACAGCACAAACGGAAGUUACUCAGUGGCCAACCCGUACACCGGUAGUCCAACCCUUUAUACGUCGCGACUAGGAGAGGUGGUCGGUUCACCGUUCAACAUGAAUCCAUUUAUGUUGCCCACCUGCAGCCAAGGAUACUCAAACGCCGCCAGUCCGUUGCUCUCGUCGAAUGGCAAAUAG